AUGUCAACUUCUUUUUAUGACGAUCACUACUCUAGCUUUUCUAAUGUUAGCAUAAUUAGAAAAGUUAGUCCAGAAACCAGUGCGUCAUUACCUCCACAAGUUCUAUUACCUCUAAUAAAAGUACUUCCUAUUGAAGACGAAGAAUUAAGAAAGUUCCGCCGAUUAUGGUGGGAAGAGGGCAACAUACACCCGCAAGCAAAAUGGGAAGAGGCCAAACUUUUAUAUGUCAUUGCCAAGGAAAUCACAUUAGAUGAGUAUGAAAAACGUACAGAUGAAUUUAACGUCCAUG